AUGUCGUGGUACUUAAUCGGGAUAAUUAGCGCAGCAGUUGCUGCUCCACCGGUGCCAUCUGGUUACUACACUCAGGAGCAAUAUCAACAAAUAAACCCAUUGGACUAUUAUGCGGGGGCACCGCAGUUAGAAAACUUCUACAGUCAACCUCAACAGAAACAAGAGGCUUCAAACACUGAUGACAGUCCAUCAAGACUGGAGACCCUGGACCCUGACAGUGAGGUGGAACUCAUCCCCGGAGCACAGCAGCCACAGCAGCCUCCGCAACAGACUCCUCUUGCUCCAAAUAUUCCUGGUUUGAUUCCAGGCCAGAGAGUGUUUAUUGUUCACAUGCCCGUGCCAGGCGUUAGACCCGGAACAGUUGGCGGAUACCAACCUGUUUACAUCGUGGCAGCCGCACCACAAGGAAAUAACGCUUAUCCAGGAUACCAGAAUCCACUUCUUCUGGAUCCAUCAGGACAAGUAGCUCAAGUGCCGUACCAAAAUCCAGGCUAUCAAGGAAGCCCUAACAUAUUUUUGGGAGCCGCGCCUGUUCAACGACCAUUUACGUUCGCCUACCCCAAUCCAGCUUAUCAGGCUGUUCCGGUUGAGAAAGCCCCAGGUUUAAACCAAUUUGUAUCCAUUGAGGGACCAGCUCAAACAGCCGCUUUAAAUCAACCAAAGAACAGUCAGAAAUUAAGCCAAAUGAGAGAACAGACCAAAGAAGAAUAUGAGCCACCAGCGAAUUCUCAGGCUUUACCAAACCAACGACCAAAACUUUAA